ACAAUGACUUGAAAAUCAUCAUAGAGACAGAAAUGAGGGAAAUACUGACAGAGGGAAUGAAAACAUUGAUGAAAAUAGCUACAGCAUGCCGUUUCUCACCAGAUGUCAUAGAUAGAAUUGGAAACUUUGAUUGUGCCAUUACUGCUGAAAAGCUUUACAGAGAUGUUUGCUUAAAGUAUUGCCAUCCUGCCGUUAAUGAGAAGCAUCUUGGUGAUGUACUUGGGAACAGUGUCUACAUUUAUCCAUAUUUCUAUGUCAUGGAUAAAGAUGAAAGAAGAUUUAGGCAGCAUGAGAGUUGUAUAUCUCUACUAGAUGGCGAAUCGAAACUAUUCAGGCGAGAGGAGCAUUAUGUAUGGGCGAAUUCCACAGUAGAUGUUAAAGGGAAAGAUUAUAUGCUCAAGUUGAAACAAGAUAUUAGCAUCAAACAGAAGUUUUGUUCCGCUGACGGCAGCCUUGCAUUUGGUUGGACAAGAAAGUUUGGAUGCGGGAACAAGCAUUAUGGUUUCUAUCCUACGAAUGAUACAAGACUUGUGCGAUGAAAUUCAAUUUUUAUCUACAAAAAUAUGCAAAUAUUAAAUACAUAUUUAUUUUGAAGC